CUUAGCUUAGAGAGUAACAGCAAACACAACUGGCAUUCAUUAUCCACACACGCAUGAGAAAAUAGUGAACAUCAUAAAAAUGCAGCCAUUUCAUAGGCUUAGGCUACUAAUUAGGUAUCCAGAAACACAACAAAGUUUGUGUAGAGUUCAAUCUUGGCUUUUUCAGUAGUUGCUGCAAUGGCUUCCAAAUUCUUCUUUGUAUUUUCCUCCUUGUUCACUCUCUCAUUCUUGUUGCAACUUGAAGCAGCAAAACCUAACUCUAACCCCCAAAUCACUGUCAUGGGAAUGGUCUAUUGUGAUAUCUGCUCCAACAACUCUUUCUCCAAGCAUAGCUACUUCUUGCCAGGUGUUGAAGUUAGAAUAGAUUGCAUGUUCAAGGCAAUUUCUCCAAGAACCACUGAACAGAUCUCCUUUUCAGUGAACAGAACAACAAAUAAGCAUGGAAUCUACAAGUUGGAAGUACCCUCUGUUGAUGGAGUUCAAUGUGCUGGAGACAAAGCUGUGGGGAACUCUUGCAGAGCAAGCCUAGUGUCCACCUCUUCUUCUUCCUGUAAUAUCCCAGGUUUUCGAACUACAUCAGAUGAGAUCUCAGUCAAGUCCAGACAAGCCAAUUUGUGUAUUUACAGCCUAAACGCAUUGACUUAUAGGCCAUCCAAGAAAGACGUUGCCUUGUGUGGAAAGUAAAAGACAAAUGGGAGCCUUCUUGCUUUGUUAUCUACUAGAAAAUUAUCUUCGUCUUAAAGCUGUUACCAAAGUUGUUUUUACUACUCGAGAGCUUCAUGAAAUGAAUAUAUAUAUAUAUAUAUGCGUUUUGCUUGUUUGAUUCA